AUGAAUAAGCUUUUACUCCUCCUGUUUGUUUUUAUUAAGGUUUCACAUUCAGUGGCUGACACGACGGCAUCACCUGACGAUUCUAGCUCUACUGCUAUAACGUCUGCCGACUAUGAUUUAGUUCCAACUACAUCUGCGAUUACAGAUGCUACUUCCGCCUUACUCCUGGAAACCACUUCUAACCCUCUACCUGACACUACUCAAAUUUCGCUUGCAACUACAGACGAGACCCCCUUAAAUACCACUCCCGAAAACCUUUCCUCGUCAACCAUAGAAAUUGACGAAGAUCAAGACCCUGAAGACUAUUUUGUCACAACCGCGGCUACGCUACAUUCCACUACAAACGACAUCCCAGAUUUCGAUGAUGAAAGCCGAGAAAAUACCACGAAUGAUCUCGACAAAAAGCCUGAAGGGAUCAUCGACUGGAGUUUUCCCUACCCGCCAAGCGAUUUUACCGAAUAUGUGCGGCGCGGGCAGGCAUUCGCCCGAAAAUAUAUUGGCUUCAAAAAGAUGAUCAAGCUGCGGGAAAUUGUCCGACGGAUUCGCGCCAAAGGAGGUGGCCCAAAAGCCAUUCAUCAAGCGGUCGAAAAGUAUGUGAACGAUAUUCUUACCCCGGAACAAAAGCAUGAUUUGCUCAAACAACAAAAGGAGCUAACCAAGACUUUCGGGUUUCUU